ACGGGAAAUUUUAAGAAAUAACACAAUGCUAUGUAAACUGUAAAAACCAACAGAAUAAAUCUUGUUUAUUGUUAGAAGUUACACGUGAAAACAAACUCUAAAAUGUCCUGCAAUAUUGUCAAACUUGUGCCGACAUGUGUGUCCACAGCCGCCUCAGUUAGCUCUGGUUAGCAUGGUAACCGGUUAGCUCUGGUUAGCAUGGUAACCGGACAUCUUGUUGUGUAGCAUUAGCUUCAGACAGGCUAGCUUGACGGUUGCUAUUUUGUCGAUAAGGAAGUUUAUCAUUACGAUUGUGGACUAAUUCCCAACUUCUUUGACACGGAGGGGACACAUCUGACAUCCAGCUGCAGAAGUUGAAGCAGAUAAUUGACAACAAGUUCACCUUGGUAACGACUGACUGUGUGUGUGGAGGAUGUCUUCACCAUUAUACUACAACCCAGACAGUGGUACUCGCUUCAAGAAAAGGAAAGCUCGUUUCUCCUUCAGUGAAGUCCACAUACUGCUGGAUGAAGUGAGGAAGCAUCGUAUGAUUAUAGUUGGUAAAUUCAACCGUGGCGUGCCAACAGACGCAAAAAAGCGAGUAUGGGCAGAGAUUACCGCACGAAUCAAUGAGAUUGGGGAGUGCCAACGGGAGGUCAUUGAGGUCAUCAAGAAAUGGUCCGAUCUUAAGUGUGACACCAAGCGGAAAGUGGCUGCUAUGAGGUCAGGGACAGUUCCCCACAGGGGCCUCAACUCACGUCUUUCCAGGGACCUUAACCAGACAGAGAAAAUAGUGCUCCAGAUUCUGGAGAUGGACGACGAAGACCAGGGCCGGGGUGACUUUGGCCCAUUGGGAGAUGAUGACGAUCUUGCAGAGGAGGAAGAAGAAAUAGAUGAGGAGGAUAUGAUUGGAAUGCAGGGUUCUCCCAACGGCGGGUUGGAGAUGGGGUCCAUGCCCCCACCGACCUCCUCCAGCAUGAGAGAUUCGUCACAACCUUCCUAUGAUAUGCAGUACGAGAUACCUGCGGCAGAAGAUGUCGAAGCUGCAUUCAGAGACUCAGACGAUGACCAAAGAGACGACACGCUUCCUCCUGCUCCAACGUCUAAACCCACAGAUGAUCACCAAGGAAACAACGGCAUCCAGAAACAACCGCAGACAUCCUCAGGACCUUCGACAUCGACCGGUACGCCUCCGACGCCCGGUCCGCCAUCGCAGAACACGAGAGAAAGCCUGCUGCACAACGCAUCGCUGAGCCUCCAGGAGCAGCACGCCACCAACAUCCUGCUGGAGACGGUUUCACGCUCCCUGGAGCUGCUGUCUGAGUCGGUGCAGCAGCUGGCAGAGACGCAGCAGGAGUUUGUGCGAGAGUCGCUGCAGCUCCAGCGGGAGACGGUGCAGGUUCUCAGAGACUUCACAGGCGGAGCCAUCUCACUCAUGCAUGACAAACUGAACGGACGGCCGGCGUUAUAGCAACAGAGAGUCACACUGUUGAGUUGUACCACUGACUACAUUCAUGGCCUUCAGGUGCAGGAACCUUUCCGUUCCUUUGGACUCCACUUCUGGUUACUGUAUUUUUUGACAGUACUCUCAGAUUUUUUGUGGUUUUUAUUUUCCAAAUGUAUUUGUAGAAACAUUGUAUUGAUGGAAUUUCUGUCCGUGAAGUUACAUUAAAACAGAGAAAAUAACUGAAGUUAGCCAUGAGAAAGAACACAGAGGGUUUUUUUUACUACUGAAAGUGAGACGCCUACCACUUUUUUUUUAAGCAGACACCACAUUUAAAGCCUUUCCAUUCUUUUAUUAUUGACUUGCAAAGAAGCAUUCUUUUAUUUCCAAAAGUAAGUUUUUACAGUCUAUGGUUUCAACCCAUCUGUGUCUCCUUGUAUAGGUUGUAGUUGCAUCAGUUGUCUGGAGAUUAUCACGUGUACUGUAAUGGUGAGUGGAUUUCUGCACCUGACCAUUAUAUGGUCUCUAAGUGUGAAAGCCGUGUUUGAUACUUUGAAAAUACCUGUACCUGAAAACUUUGUGAUUGUCUCAUUAUAAUGUUUUUUUUACAUUGCAGAUUUAAACCCUUGAAAAUGACAGUUUGAAUAGUUUCUUUUUAAUAUGGAUAAUGCCCUCACUACAGCGCUGACGUCACUCUCGUAGCUGUGACUCUGCAAAAGGUUUGACUCCUUGAAAUGACAUGAAUUGUGUUAAGAGUUAAAACAUGUAUCCUCAUUCAUUUGGGAGGUCCAAUCCCAUCUUUUGACUUCAAUUCUAUGGCUGUUAAUUUAUUAUAGGCAUUCUUAUGUAUUUUGAUUUUCAUAAAUGCUAAAUAAAAAAAUCUAAUAGCUAGAA